AUGCAGCGCCGCCAUUCGGGUGUUCUGGCUUCAGCAGUCUUGGAACUGUUUUGCGUCUUGCUCAGUCUUUUGGCAGUUUUCCCGGCGGAAGGCAUAAAACAUAAAACCAAAGAUGCUCAUUUGGCCUCUUCAUUUACGUCUCUCUCGGCUGGCGUCCACCUCACGAGUGGCACCAACUCAACGGGCAAUCCCUUCUUGGAUCCUCCAUAUGCAGAUUUUUUUGCGCGUUUCAACAUUCCACAGAGCCAUGGAAGCGGCAUAUACGUCGACCUAUCGAAUGAUAAGGAUGUAGACGGAAAGACAUACAGAGAAGCGGCAGGCCUGUGCCCUGUGUUCGGGAAAAACAUCAUACUGUACCAGCCUCUGAAGGCCGGGUAUGCAAACGAUUUUCUCGCUAACAUUCCUACUGCACAGGAGUCCCAAGCUGUCGGCAACCCACUUCCUGGAGGCUUCAACAACAACUAUAAGCUCACAAACGGAACCUCUUACUCCCCCAUGUCUGACGCACAACUCAACAGCUACAGUCAGUUAACUGCCAAGACAGCCUUGGGGAAGUGUGCGGAAAUGAGCUAUUUGACGACAGUCCCCAACAGCUCAGGCUACCGGUAUCCCUUCGUGUAUGAUACGAAGAAUGGGGUUUGCUACUUCCUCUUUAUCACCAUGCAGCGGCUUAUGGGGGAACGCUAUUGUUCUACCAGAAACGAGCCCCCCGGCCUCACAUGGUACUGCUUCGAGCCCAAGAAGUCCGCAAAUGUCCGACCCGAACUCGUAUACGGGUCUUCUUACGUUGGCAAAGAUCCAGACGCCUGGCAGGAGAAAUGCCCGAACAAGGCGGUUUCCGGCAGCGUAUUUGGGGUUUGGUCGAAUGGUGUAUGCGUGGAGCAUCGGCACAGAAGUGCUUCUAAAGUCGAGAGGGUUGCAUCAAAGGAGGAGUGUUGGGCUCUGGCAUUUAACAACCCCGAAGUGGCCAGUGAUCAUCCUUCUACAACUUCAGAGGACAUUGGAACCCUCGGAUACUACUUCCCAUCGGCAGGCCCCGAUCAGCCUAAGUCUGGUGGAAAGGGCAUGAACUAUGCUAGCUAUUACGGCGGUAGCUUAGGAGAAUGCGUUCUUUCGGCUGAGAUCCCUGACUGCGCUGUCCCGCUAGCUUCUGGAGUUGCGUACACCGCAUUGGGGAGCCUGGAAGAGGAGGCGCUUCCUAAUUGCGACAGCUCUUUCCCACAAACACCGGGAUCUUGCGAUUUCAAGUCGUGCAAGAGAACCAUUUCCACUUGCGAGGGGAAUCAUCUCGUUGCUAAUGAAGCUGGCUGCAGCACCGGCGACACACUCAAAUGUAGGCAAGCAGGGCCCCAAAAACCCUUUGUUCAAAAUUGUUUUUAUGGCGAGUCCGUGGUGUUAAUCAUUUGUCUCUCGGUAGGAGGGGUUCUGCUAGUCGUGCUUGCAGCGUCCGUCUUCUUUUACAGACGCCAGCGAAAGCCACCAAUCACGAAGUCAGCUAGCGCGCAGUCCGAGUAUCUUCAGGAGCAGGCUGUUGCUCCUAGGAAACCGAAAAGGCAAUCGGAUCUUGUGCAGCAGGCAGAGCCCUCCUUUUGGGAGGAGGCCGACGUGAACCCUGACGACGGCGAAGACACCGAGGUGGUUGUUGAUCGGGAUUACUGA